AUGCCCUUUAAACUAGAGCACUCCAGCGCUCGUGCACGCUGCAGCGGUGUGAUCCGAGCCAGGAGGCCACACGUGAGCGCGCUCCAGCGUCUCCAGAGACAUGCGAGACAGAGGUGGACAGAACAGCGGCUGCCUUUCAGAGUGGUAGCCCUGGUGCCGCGGGCGCUGGUGAAUGUUGUCCAGGUUCUGCAAAUAGACACUUUGAAAAGCGUCCAGAGAAACACAAUCGGCUGCUCGCUGCUGCAGAGGACAGAGUGUCCUUGUGUCGUGAACCCUUCCAUCAACUCCCUAGAGUUUGAAGAAAUAAGAAGGAUCAAUCGGGAAUAUCAGGCAGAACUGGAAUUUCUUUUGUCCAGCGACCGAUUUGACAGAAAAGAAGACUUUGCUGUGGUCCUUCAGCCAUUUUUACACAAUUACUUCCUCCCACACGUUGGGGAGGGAGAGGUGGACACCAGUUUCUAUUCUCUGGACUGCUUCCACCUCAGUGACCGGGCCCAGGCUGAGAUGGCUAUCGCUUUGUGGAAUAAUAUGCUGGAGCCUGUCGGGAGGAAGACUGCGUUAAACGAUUACACACACAACCGCUCCAAGAUCCACUGUCCCACACAGGACGCUCCCUUCAUUUUCACCAAAAUGAACAGUUUGUCUGUUUCCUCCACCGCUCCACCAUCCACCCCAGGUCCAGAGAGCUCCACGUCCCCCUGGACCAGCUCGGUGACCGGCCCCCAGCCUCUGUGUCCCCCCAGCCUGCCCGUGUGGGUCCCCGUGCUGGCCUCCGUUGGCAGUCUGGCUUUGGUGUGGCCUGGGCCGUCUGCUCCUGCCUGA